CAUGCACGAACUUCAGCUGCUGCAACGACUCCUCCUCCUCCUCCUCACGUCCUGAUCCUGAUUGCGAAAAGCCACACGCACACAGAAACUCUACUCGUUAUCGUCUCCCGCCGCCACGCCGUUGAGCAUGUCUUGAAAUCAAAUAUGCUCUGCUCUUGCUCGCUCUCCCUCUUCACGAUGCUUCGAAUCCCCAUCGCAACCCAUCGCUGCUGACGAGCGCGGGCCGGAGCGCAGACAUUGACGGCUUCUGGAUCUGGAAUCUGAUCUGCCCCCCCCAACCGCGAGCGCCGUUCACGACGAUACGAUGUCGUACUUUCCGAAUGGCGUCGAGGGCCGCGAUUUGAAGGCAAGUACCUCUGAACUAGUUUCAAACUCGGACGCCUCCUCGGCCACGGCUGUCCAAGACGGCCGCUCCAACGCCUCAAGCCAAUCUGUGCAAUCGCCCAAGUCGGAUUAUGAGAUAUUCAAGGAAAAGGCUGAGGCUCAGGCUCAGGCUCAGGCGUCAUCGCAGGAAGUCAAUGUCAAUGGGGAGGAUGCGCCAGAGAUCGACGAUGCCGUCGACGAGCUUCCGUGGGCAGUGCGGCGGGUCGUCAGUUUGCACGAUGAUACCACGCUUCCCACCAUCACCUUCCGAUAUUUCCUGCUGGUCUUCUUGUUCGUCUCCCCCGGAGCCUUCCUUGAGCAGAUAAAUCAAUAUCGGACAACAUCAGCCCCGUAUUCGAUAUUCUUCGUCCAAAUAGCAGCCAGUUAUGUGGGGGAUUGGUGUGCAAGAUUCAUCCCAGCUCUCGAGGUCAAGAUCCCGUUCACAAAAUGGAGCUUCAACACCAACCCAGGCCCAUUCAGUGUCAAGGAGCACGUGCUCGUUGUCAUUGCUGCAAACGCUGGAGCAUAUUACAAUCUGGCAUGGACUCCUAUCUCUCUCGCAGAAGUGUACUUCAAUCAGAAAAUCAAUCCGGCAGUGUGUUUGUUCUUCAUGUUGGCGAUUACCUGGACGGGAUAUUCGUAUGCAGCCAUCGCCCGUCACUUCCUGAUCUAUGACCCCCAGCAGCCGUGGUAUCAUGCACUUUGCCAAACAGCGUUGUUCGAAACGCAAACCAAACAACGGGAAUACCCUUCCCCGGUGUCAAGAAGACAGACGAUUGUAUUUUUCUCCGUGAUUCUUGGUGUCACGUUGUGGCAAUUCCUCCCAGAGUUCAUCUUCCCCUUUCUCUCUUCGCUUGCGUUUCUCUGCUGGGUUGCACCAAGAAGUGGUGUUGCAAACUUCAUUGGCUCGGGACUUGGAGGCAUGGGCUUCCUCAAUUUGACCUUUGACUGGUCGAAUAUCAAUGCGAUCGAUGGGAUGGGCAAUUUGUUUGUGACGCCUUGGUACACGCAAGUCGUUGCCUUUGCCGCGUUCGUCGUCAACUGUUGGAUUCUCCUCCCAAUCGCAAAAUGGGGUAAACUGGCUGUCUGGAACCAUCAUUUGAUGUCCAACGAUGCGUUUCUGCAAAACGGAACCACUUACCCGGCUACUUUGCUUGUAACACCGCAGAUGACGCUGAAUACAACAGCUUAUGCGGAAUUCGGCAUCCCCUAUGUCGGUGCCCAGCAACUGUGGAAUAUGUUUUUCGACUACGCUUCCUACACCUCUGUCCUGGCCUGGAUGGCAUUCUUCGGGUACCCUCACAUCAAAGCAACCCUCAGCAAAUUCGUGGAGCGAUGGAGAUCCCGCGGGAAGAUGUCGGUUUAUGACCAAUAUACUGAUCCUCUGAAUGUCCUCAUGCGCUCGUAUGAAGAGGUCCCACUCUGGUGGUACAUUGCUCUGUUCCUCGUCUCGUUUCUCAUCAUCAUCACACUGCUCGCUUGCGGCUUUUUGUACAUCCCUGUGUGGACGUACUUCAUUGCCUUGUUAACCGGAGCCGUGGUUGUCGUCCCACUGGGAUGGCUCUACGGCAUCUCCAACUUCCAACUCCCAACCGGGACAACCAACCAGCUGCUCUACGGCCUGAUGGUCAACGGGGGGUCCGGCCACAGGUCCCCCAUCGGCGCCUCCAUCUACGGCUCCAUCGCUGGCGACGCCUGGUACCGCGCCCAGUACCUGCUGCAGGACCAGAAACUCGGGCACUACAUGCACAUCCCUCCAAAGACCGUCUUCUUCUCCCAGAUGAUGGGGACCAUGGUCGGGGUGCCGAUCAAUUACGGCGCGAUACGAUGGGUACUGGAUAAUAAGAUGCAGUACCUUAACGGCACGAUGGAGGAUCCGAAUCAUCAAUGGACGGGGCAGUACCUUGCUGGGUCAUUGACUGCGGGCAUUCAAUACGUGCUGGUUGGCCCAGCAGAGCUCUUCCGCCAACAAAUCUACAAGCCCCUCCCCUACGGCUUCCUCCUCGGCGCCCUCACACCCGCCACUCUCUACCUCCUCUCCCGCCGCUUUCCCAAAGCGCAAUUCCACCUCUGGAACAGCACCAUCUUCUUCUGCGGCCUCAGCAACUUCUACGGCAACAUCAGCACCGGCUACCUCUCCUCCAUCAUCGGCGGCUUCAUUGUCAUGUAUUGGGCGUAUCGGAAGAAAUACGAGCUGUGGGCGAGGUACAAUUAUAUCCUGGGCGCGGCGUUCGACUCGGGGUAUAAUCUGAAUCAGCUCUUGAUCUUUUUGUUUCUGGGGAGCGUGAAGACUUUCCUGAUGCCGAAUUGGUGGGGGAAUAAUGCGGGGAGUGUGGAGAGGUGUUUUGCGCUACCGAGUGAUGAGUAGAGAGGGGUUUUGCAGGGUGAGGCGGUGUUUUUUUCCCCCGGUUCGGUUAGCGUGGAGUUUCGUGGGUAAUAUAUCAGCGGCGUUUUGAAGAGGUGUUAUGAAAAGCGAAGGGCAGGGAAGGGAAAGGACGGAUAUCUUGUUGCAAUAUGAGGGUAUGGUGUUUGGUUAGCGUAAUAGAACUGAGUUGGUGUGA